AUGAAGGUCUGGGAACAUAAAGUGGUAACUCCGAGUAUGGCAAUGCAGUGGAGUGCGAAACAGAUUUCUCAGUGGCAAAAGGUGCAAAAGUAUAAGUUGACUACGGGUGAUGCGAGUAGACGAAGUAAGCAAGAUGUGACAAACUAUUGGAAAGCUCCGGAACCUGGCAAACUAAAGAUUAAUGUUGACGCGUCUGUGCAUGCAGGAACUUCGAGCUUUGCACUUGGUAUGGUGCUGCGCGACCAAAAUGGUGGAUUCUGUAAAGCUAAAUGUUCAAGGCAUGAAGGAGAAGUCACAGUAUUUGAGGCAGAAGCAUUCGGAGUGGUGGAAGCUUUAAAAUGGAUUAUGGAGCUAGGCAUAAUGAAUGUGGAGCUAGAAAGUGACUCAUUGCUUACUGUUCAGGCUGUUAACAGGGGAGUAAUCAAUUUUUUAGAAGUGGGCAACCUGAUUAAUGAGAGCCGCUUGAUGAUGAUUGGUCGUCCAGAUAUUGAUCUUGUAUUUGUUAAGAAGCAAGCCAACAGAGUAGCCCAUUCGUUAGCACGGGUAUCUUGUGAGGUGAAUUGCUUCAUUGAGUUUGAGUCUCCUCCACCUAGUGUGUUGGAGAACAUUAUGUAUGAUGUUUUUUUGAUCUAA